AUGCACGCAAGCCCACCGCUCCCACUGCUAUCCAGCACCACACCAACACCACCCAUCCUCUCAUCCAUCUCACCUGCACCGCAGCUUGCGCAUACACACAUCACCGACCGCUCAAGGCAGUACCGAUCCACGCACACACUUUCCAUCCGCCCAUCGCGAUCAGCUACCGCUUUUUGGAUUCCAACGAGCCUCACACCCCGCACACAGCAUUGUUCGAAAGCGUCUCGGUGCUUUGGGAUCGCCAUGUCGAACGCACCAGGCGCAAGCACGGCCGAAUUUGGCCAGCCGCUGCGCAAGUUCAAGCUGGUGUUCUUGGGAGAGCAGUCGGUGGGAAAGACGUCGUUGAUCACGCGGUUCAUGUACGAUACAUUCGACAACACGUACCAGGCAACCAUCGGGAUCGACUUCCUCUCCAAGACCAUGUACCUCGAAGACAGGACAGUCAGGCUGCAGCUCUGGGACACCGCAGGACAAGAACGAUUCCGAUCGUUGAUUCCGUCGUACAUUCGCGACUCGUCGGUGGCGGUGGUGGUAUACGAUAUUACGAACCGGGCCUCGUUCCAGAACACAUCGAAAUGGGUGGACGACGUGCGUGCGGAGCGCGGCAACGACGUGAUCAUCGUGCUCGUGGGCAACAAGACGGAUCUGAGCGACAAGAGACAAGUGACGACGGAAGAGGCGGAGCAAAAGGCGCAAGAGUUCAACGUGAUGUUCAUCGAGACGUCGGCCAAGGCAGGGCACAACGUCAAGGUGCUCUUCAAGAAGAUCGCACAGGCGCUACCGGGGAUGGACAAGGACGCAGAUGCUGCCAACGCCGGCGCCACCGCCAACAAGAACAUUGACGUGACUGCGGCACCAGCACAGACCACCAUGGAAGACGGCUCGGCGUGCAAGUGCUGA